CGAUCACCGAGCGAUCCGAGACAUGGCGCGAUGAACAAUUCUGAUGGCGCGUGCGUGGACUUUUGCUCUUGUUUUUGUAUCUACUCACUCGCUCUCGUUGAAACCGUUGCAAACCAAGCACACCCGGGAACACUGGCACACCUCGACUGCGCGCUCUUCCACUCUCCUCCAACCCCGCCAUGCUCGACUACGCCUACUUUCCUCACAUCGUGGAGGACGCGCUCCGGCGCACAGACCACACGACGCUGCUCGCGCUCCGUCUCGUAAACCGGCGCAUCAAGAACCUCGCCGAGGCCGAGCUCUUCUCCCAUGUCCUAUUCACCCGCGCGCCCGGCGGCAAAGCGUACGUCCUCCGCGCGGCGGACGGCAAGCUGCCCGUCCCCGCGUGGCCGACGACCGACCUCCCCUGCCCACCCGAUGGCGAUGCUGCGCGCCUCCUCCGCCUGCUGGCGCACACCCGCGUCCUGGACAUCCACACGUCCCCGCCGCCGGGCGGGCCGCUGCUCGCGGCCCUCGCGCGCGUCCCCACCCGCCGGAGCCAGCACCACCACUCCCCCGCAGCACGCGGCACCUUCGUGCACGAGUACGCGGUGUACAUGGCAAGCCACUGGCGCGAGCGUCGCUUCUGCUUCGACCCGCCGGCGGGCACGGAGCGGUACGUCGUGCACGUGCGGCACCACACGAACCGCACCCUGCACGAGCUGUACGGGCCUGCGCCGAGCGCCGAGCGUAUCUUGUCCCGAGGUCCGAGCGCCAGGGGGACGCCGCCGCCCGCGUAUAUUCUCGUGUUCUCGGGGUGUCCGGAGCCGUGUGCGCCGUCCGUGCCCACCCACGGCGCCGCGGCGGGCCAGCGCCGCAUCGUGCAUACCCUGCUGUACGAGUUUGCGGAGCAGUUCGAGGCGCUCCGCCGCGCGCAGCGGGCGCAGGUCACCGUCGUGGGCGCCGAGGACUUUGUUGCGAGUCUCUGCGGCGCGACGAGCACCGAGGAGGCGGGGCGGUUGUUCGAGAGCAAGCUCGCGCUCGCGAGGCGAGAUAUGGCGGGUGAAGAAGAGGAUCCGUGCGCUCCGCCAGUGCGGUACUUCUCACAUGGGCAGUACGAGGCCUUGGUCGGCGGGCGCGUAUACGAGGCUCAGACGAGGCCGAUGACGCAGAGAGUCAACUACUUCACCUUGUAGCGGCUAGGUUGCAUACGUUCCGUACAACUAGAAUUAGAUAUUUGUACGUUUCUACACUAACACACGACUGUCUACAACUCUCUUGGUUCUGUACAACUGUAGCUUGUUGUGUAUAUUCUACGCAAACAA